AUGGAAGAGUUCUACAUCAACAAAACCAACUUGAGCCGAGGCGAUGACUUCAACAUCAAGAACCACUCUGCUGGUCACAGCACUGAAUAUAACUUUAGUUUUUACUUAGUCAGUGAUGUAGUGCAAUUAUUUAUCAUCUGUGCUGGUCUUCCAUUGACUCUCGUGGCGAUUGUUGCAGUUUAUUGCUUGAUGCGAAAAGAUCACGUUGUUCCAGUCUACAUCAUCAACCUUCAAAUCUCUGAUCUGAUUCAGCUGUGCUGCAUGACGUCUUGGAAGGUGGGCGAGUAUCGUGAGAUCAGCUAUUACAUCUACAUCUUUGCAGAGAUGGUCAGCGUUGGAUUCAUGGUCUGUAUCUCCCUGGAAAGAUAUUUGGUCAUCGUCAAGCCGCUGUGGUACAGAUAUAGAAGGAACAUCAAGACCUUUUUGAUGGUCUGUGUUGUGGUCUGGAUGGUGCCUUUGAUUUAUGUCAUCCCUUUGUAUUGUCAAGUUGAUUUCCAGGUCGUCGAAACAUUUUUUGCGAUUUUCCACCUCCUUCCCCUCCCUCUCUUCAUCUUCUUUUUGGUUGGGACCAUCAAAGCUCUUUCAGCAGCUCGCAGUGUCCCUGCUGAUGAAAAACGAAGAAUUGUAGCAAUUCUGGUUGCUCUGCUGCUUAUUUACACGCUGGUUUUUGUUCCCAGCAUCAUCUGGUCUCUGGUGGAAGGCGCCAGGGAAAACAAAAUUUUCCAUGGAUUAGCAUUCACUCUUCUUAAUGUGAGUCCUCUUUUAGACCUGACCAUGUAUUUGUUAAUUAGAAAAGGAGCCAUUGACAAGAUUCUGAAAUCCCUUUGUUGUUGUAAAAUACCUGAUGAUCUGCAAACUAACAGUGUAGAUAUUGAUAAUGUAUCUGUUUCAUGUAAUGAGCCAAUCUAGGUUUUAACAGCUGACCAAAAUAGGAGGGGUGACCCUUUGAGACAGCUUAUUGUUGAAGCUAAAAUGAUACUGUUGUUUUGGAAAUGUAUAAUAAUUCUUCAAUUAAUGUGAAAUGGAAAUAUUCUUGUAUUUCUACUGCAGCUUUAUUGUUUUAGUGUCGAGGAUUUUGCCACCUCUUCAAAAAAGCCUUUGUGCUACUGAACUGAUUUUUUUUCUUUUUUGUUUAAUUAAUAAUUUUAUUGAUGUUCAGCAUUUUACAGUACUUUUUUGUCCAUUGGUAGGUCAUUGUUUCCAAGUAAUCUGAUCAACUUUCAUAAUCACUUCUUGUUUAGUUACCAUCAGAUAAAUAUCUAUUUAUGUGUGUAAUUGUUUGGUCAGUCACAAUUUAUUGCAAACGUUGCCAGAUAUAAAAAAUAACUUUACAAGGCAGUGCAGUUUAUCCCUUUGUGUGUGCCUUUGUUAGAUAUGUUGUGUGUGUGUGCAAGUGUGUCUGUUUGCGCAUACCUGUAUUCAUGACCAAUUUAGAUUAGGUGAGAUCUGAACACUUCUGUGCCCUUAUCAAGGUGUUCAAUGAU